AUGUCUGACUAUUCGGCGUCGCCAUCCGACCAUCACAGUGAUAUCCACGCACCAAAACGCAAAGCUACCCAGGCAGGCCUCGAUGGUCACACAAUCGGUCGUUCGGUCAAGAGGAGGGCUUCCAAGGCUUGUCAAUGUUGUCGAGCUCGCAAGGUGCGAUGCAAUGUCACAGAGCAUGGCGCUCCCUGCACAAACUGCAGACUAGAUGAAGUCGAAUGCAUUGUAUCGGAGAGCAGGCGCAAAAAGUCAGUGUCACAUUUUGUUUCAAUGCAGUAUUUCCAAAUUUCCCACCGGAUGCGACCUGCGCGGCAGUUAGAGAUCGUCGGCUCCGAUAUGCAAUGUCGUACCGCAUAUGGCAUGUUCAGCCUGUGCAACAGUCGCGUGCAACCAACAACUGCCGCUACGCCAUUUCUGACCUGUGCACGCCGUGCUGACUCCGCGAAUAGGAAAUGGAGCAAAGACGACGACCAAGGCACAGAAAGCACCACCUCUUCAGGAAAUGUCACUCGCAAAAUUGCGUCGCGUGACGCUCUAGACGGUUCCCAGGGACUAAACUCAGCCACAUCGCGGGCGUCACAUGAGGCGGAAUCAAGACGAGACGAGCACGUUCCUCACUCGAUAUACCAAAGCCAUGGCCAUCGUGUCAAUUCCUCUGCGUCCAUGUCGGAUAUGCGGCGCCGGCUUUCAAUUACCUCGCAAAUCAACAACCUACCAAAUCUGCCUUUUUCGCCUUUUUCAAAUGAGCCUCGAGCUCCAUUUUUCGGAAGCCUACCGCAGAAGCCUGCGCCUGGCGAACUUCCAAGAUUCAUCAAGCCUCUUCCGUCUAAAAUCGGGCCUGAUGAGAUUUCGUAUCUGGAGAAGAAGGGUGCCCUGAACGUGCCUAGGGGAGCCCUGCGUAGCGAGAUGCUGCGCGCCUACGUGGAAUUUGUUCAUCCAUAUAUGCCAUUAUUGGACCUCCACGACUUCCUUAUCAUGGUAGACGGCCGAGACGAACGCAAGGGCAAAGUCAGUUUGAUCUUGUUUCAAGCGGUCAUGUUUGCAGGAUCAGCAUUUGUUGAUAUGGAACACCUGCGCGCUGCGGGCUAUACUUCUCGCAAGGAUGCCCGCAAGGACUUUUUCCAGAAGACUAGGGUAAGUUCAGAACCCCUUCUUUCACCAGGCGGCUUGGCGUGUUACAGCAGCCCAAUCGGUCCGCAACUAUCGGACGGCAUGCCCAUGCACCGACUUUCCGACCCCGUGCCAGAUAGUGUUAAUUUGGCUACUGCAAACUUGAUUCUCUAUGACUUUGAUUACGAAUCCGACCGCGUUUCGCUGGUCCAGGCACUGCUAUUGCUGACGUACUACUAUGAGACUCCUGAUGACCAGAAAGAUACCUGGCAUUGGAUGGGCGUUGCAACGUCUAUUGCCCACACUAUUGGCUUACACCGAAACCCUGAUAACACCAACCUUGAUAGCAAGCGCGUCAAGCUCUGGAAGCGAAUAUGGUGGUCAACUUACAUGCGAGAUCGGCUUAUUGCGCUCGGUAUGCGCAGACCUACAAGGAUAAAGACCGAGGACUUUGAUGUGCCAAUGCUUACUCUGGACGAUUUCGAGCUUUCACCUCUGCCAGAGGAUGUUACAUGCCUUCCAGCGGAUUGUCGUAUUGCCAGAGAUGUGGAUGUGCAACGGCAGUUGGCCAUCCUGUGUAUUGAAAAGGCCAGGCUGUGUUUGUGCAUCUCGCAUGUUUUGUCCAAGCAAUACUGCGUGCUCAACAACAACCAGGGCCUCCAAAACGACCGUACAACCAUGAUGUUGCUUCCCAAGAAGCUGGAUCCUGAGACCAGUGAAGUCAAAGCAUGUGAUGAGGAUCUUCAGAGAUGGGUAACGGAACUGCCUGAAGAGGCAAAGUAUACGGACAAACCAAGCGGCGUUCCAGCUAUCGAUCUUGCACGAUCACUGCUGCACAUGGUCUUUUUCACUACAUUGUCCGCGCUGCAUCGGCCCCAGGUUCUACCAAACUCACAAGGUGGUCCAGCGAGCGCUCCAACAAAGAGCAACGUCGAACCCGAGCUUCUUGAUGUUUCACGCCGCAAUGUUCGCCGCGCAGCUUCAGCAAUUACAUCGAUUGCUCAGCGGCUUGAACAAGGUGGUCUCGUCAGGUAUCUGCCAACAACCGGUGUCACCGUUCUCCUUCCGGCCAUUAUCAUCCACUUGCUUGACAUCAAGGCGCCAGAAGAGGAAACACGACGAUCUUCCCUACGAGGCUUUUGCCAGUGUAUGGCCGUCAUGGGCCAACUGCGGGAUGUCUAUGCCGCUGCCGACUACUCUGUGGCCUUCCUCGAGGCUGCAAUCCGGAAAGCAGGCAUUCACGUUGCGCCCGUAGCCGCCCAAACUUCACCCGUAGCCAAGAGCGCGCCAGCAAGGACAGUCGAAGAACUCGUAGACGCCGGCCGACGACUAGAUCUCGUCAACGAAGCAUCGACAACCAUCACAUCAGCAACAUCACAAACCGUCCGCCCCUCAACUCUCACACCACCUCCUGACCACGGCACCACAAACAUGCACGCCCUGGAAAAACACAACAACGAACCAAAUGUAACCGACGAAGAGGUCGCCCGCCGCCUCGAAACCUUCCUCGCCUCCACACCCCCGGAUUCGGACCACGAGCACAUGUCCAGCAUCACGAUCUCGCAAGAGAGCCCCAUAGUGACCGCCACAGCCGGCCUAUCACACUCUCACCAUCACAGCCACAACGACAUGGCGGACAUGAACAAGUGGAGCGCCUUCGAUCUCAGCGCCUUCUCAAUCAUCAACCACCACCAAGACGACGAGAUGCUCUUUUCAAGCCUACCCCUCAACAACGAGUUUGACGACGGCGAUUUUGACAAGCUACUCAACAUGGAAGCCGUGGGUGAAUCGCAUAAUUUUGACGAUGUGACGUUUGAUUCGGGCAAUGCGGGGAACAUGGGGCUUGGUGAUGUCGAUUGGCUUGUUGCCGCGGAAUAA